AUGAGCAACGGCCACUCCCCAUGCCGCUGCCUGCCACUGGCCACUGCCACUCACCAGUCAAAGACAGACAACCCGCCCUAUUCCAUCAUCUACGACGACGAGCUGUUUAUUUCCAACUCAACAACCCGCACGCACAUUCAAGCCGACCAAGACCUCACAAGGACAGCAAACAAGCGCCGAGCCAUGUCGACAAGCCCGACAUCCCAUACCCCGCCUAGUCACAAUGCUCCGCGACCGAAAGGUAUGUCCUGUUUCCUAGUUACCUACCUUGCCCUGCGCUUCUAUGUCCAGUCCCCUACUAAUCACCAUGUUUCUCUGAGAAUAGGCAUCUUGAAGAACUCGUACCGCGGCUCCCCUCCCAUCUCGCCUGUCGACCAGCCGACUCCCAGCUUCCCACACAGCCACACUCCUGACCAUCCCCUCACCCCCAAGGAGGCCAAAGAGCUCACCAUUGUCAACACGCAAUACAAUGCCGGGCACCGCCGCUCCUCGUCUGUGGCCGGCACUCGUCCGGGCGUCUUUCGUGCCCGCACACCAUCAUCGGCCCAUGGGGGCGACUCGGAAGAGCAGAGCCAGCGUCUCAAAUGGGACGAGGCCAACCUCUACCUCACCGAGCAAGAGCGCACUGCCACCAUGAAAAUCAACGAGCCCAAGACCCCUUACGCCAAGCAUUAUGACCCAUCCGAAGACCCUUCCGACGACGACGACGUCGAGAUGCCGGAGCCGCUGGAUCCAGGCAGGAUUGAUCUGGACCGUGUCGACGGCGUACCCCCUACCCAUCACGGCUCCAAGCGCAAGACUGGCACCGGUGGGACUCCAGGAUCAACAGAGGAUGACAUUCCCGGCCUGUCGCUGGGUGAGCCCGAGGAGGAGGUGCCCGAGCACGAGUUUGGUGAUUUGGCCAGCAAGAGACCGAGGGCGGUGCACGUGGACAGCAACGGGAGCAUGCAUGACACGGAUGGGGAAGAGUAUUUGGUGGGUAUGAGCGCCGAGGAGAGGGAAAAGCAUCGCAAAUUCGAAGAGCUCAGGAAGAAGCAUUACGAGAUGAAGAAUGUGGCCUCGUUGCUGGGGCAUCCUGAGGACCUGGAGGAUGCUGACGAAGGAGAAGACGACGAGGAUGACGAUGAGACCAAGAAGGUGCCACCGGUUCCUGCGGUGCCUACUGCAGGAACCCAGGGAGGUUUAUAA